AUGAGCUCUCCUACUAGGGACCCCUUACCCUGUUCUGAACAAUCCAGGUGAGUAGGGGUCCAUUUAUUCCUUAUAGGUUACUUUUAUUCUCCCUCUGCUAAAACUGUCCUUUUGUUGCUUUUAGUAAUGGAGAACAGUCUGUGUCAUCUCCCCCACAGAAGAGAAGACAGAAGGCAGACCCCUGUGCAGGGUGUGAGGGAAAGGCAAUGGAAGGCAAACAUCUGGGCUUAAACUGUUUGCAGAAGGUGGCCGCCCCUUCAUCCUUGAAGCCCACUCAGUCACCGGAGAUUCUGGCUUGGAUCAGAAAGGAGGUGGCACAGGGUAUCUCAAAGGCCAUGGAGGGAAGUAAGCGGUCAGUGAAAAGGCCUAGACAGAGGCAAGUGUCCUCAGAGUCAUCAGCCUCAGAAUUCCAGGAUCCAUCUGAAGAAUUUCAGGUUCUCAAUCAGGUUUGUUCUAGUGAAUAUAAGAAGAGAUCUUUUCAGAAUCUCUAG